AUCGACUUUCCUUUGGCUUUUCGAACCGCUCUGAAAAUCCAACAUGUCUCUUGCUCGUACUGUAAUUAAGACGGCCAUGGCGCCAGGGGCUAUAGGUCCAUACAGUCAAGCCCUCAAGGUGGGUAAUACCUUGUAUCUUUCUGGCCAAAUUGGAUUAUCACCUGAGAGUAACGAAUUUGCUGGACCGGAUGUAGAAGCACAAACAAAUCAAGCUUUACAAAACAUUCGUGCAGUGUUGAAGGAAGCAGGAUCUUCAUUCAAAGACGUUGUCAAAACAACUAUCCUGCUUGCGGACAUAAAUGAUUUCGCGACGGUAAACAAAAUUUAUGCCCAAUAUUUCUCUGAACCUUAUCCUGCUCGUGCAGCUUAUGAAUGUUCAAAAUUACCGAAGCUUGCUAGGAUUGAAAUAGAAGCAAUUGCGGUUCUUGACCAAGUGUAAGAUAAGGAAUUGUUGGACAGCGCGGUCUGAUUGGUAGCACUUUGGGAUUAUGAAAUAAAGCAUUCCUUACCAUAAUGUCACGUAAAUCAUUAACAUACGUAAAAUAUUUAGGGAAUAGUGACAUAAGCUAUAUUAACG